CGAGCCGCGCACCGCGCUCCGCACUCGCACCGCUACCUCCAGCCGACCCGGGCCUCCAGUGAGACGGGCCGUACCGCAUCGCACCGCGUGCACCGCGAUCACCGGCUCGCGAGCCCACGGCGGACCGACGCACGUCAUCCGGGACUUCCCCCCCUCCCCUCUCCCCCGCGCGCGUGUGUGCGUGUGUGUGUGUCUUUAGUCAGAGAUGCGGAAGGCGGGAUAUGGAUCGCGAGGAUGCUGUGUCGUUGCUCCUCUUCCUCUAUAGCGUGAGCCGAGUGCGCCUGUCGUGUGUGCGUGUGUGACUGGGGAAGACAUCGCCGCUACAGCAGAAUCAGGAUAAAACGUCGUGAUCACAGUAAACAAACGACCAUGGCGCCAUCCAGCGCGCCGCCCGUGGUGUCCGUCCUCACGUCCCUGCUCGUCGUCCUCGCCAGCGCUCCCGUGGCGCCGGCCCAGGCCGCGGACAACACCAUGAUCGCCGGGUGCGUGAGGUCCGAGUACCAGCGCUGCGUGCACAUGGCCGACCCCCUGCUCAAGGACGCGAGGUACAUCUUCCCGGACAACAUGGCCGACAUCGACUUCGUCUGCGGGACGUGGAGCCAGUUUGUGACGUGCGUCAAGAGGUACAUCGACCGCUGCUUCACCGAGUCGAGGCGCCAGGAGUUCAACAAGGCGGUGGAGAACCCCGUGGACUCGGUGUACCAGAUGUGCACCGUGCCGCAGUACCAGAACGAGUACCUCCAGCAUGCCACGUGCAUCAAGAGCACCCUCACCGAGGACAGCCACUGCGGGCGCCACUACCGCCACCUCGUCGAACAGGUGUCCGGAGAGGUGGAGCGGGUCAGCUUGUGCUGCUCUCAUCACCGCUUUCGCGAGUGCGUCCUGGACCAGACAGCACGCCAGUGCGACGGCCCGCGGCCGGGCGUGCCCAUCUCGGGCUCGGCCUCCCGCUUUGCUCGGCAGAUCCUCGACAAGGCCCUCAGCUUCCUGCGGGACCAGUGCAAUAACUUCGUCCCGAACUCGCCCGAGUGCCCCGGUCUGGGGAUAUCCGGCGGCGACCCCUACAUGUCCGGGAGGGACCCCAACAGCCCGGACAACAACGCCGUCAACCCCCGGCCCGCGCCCGUGCCGCUGUCGCCCUGGGAGCCCCGGCCCAAGCCCGCUGCCGGCAGCGCCCGCAGGGGCAAGACCCCGGCGCCCGGCGACUCGAGCGGCGCGGCGGCCUCGGGCGGCGGCCAGGGCGCCGUCGGCGCGGGGGCGUCGUCCGGGAGGGAGGGCGCCUCGGGUGAGUCCGCGGCGACGGCGCGCGGCAGCGAGAUGGGCGACGGCGCCGUGCUCGUCUCACGCGCGUCUCCGUCCGCAGGGACAGGGUCCGGGACAGGGUCCGCGACAGGGUCCACGGCCGACAAGGUGCAGAAGCAGGACUGGGCCGCGGCGCACAAGCAGCCCGCGCAGCAGGCGCAGCCGGCGGGGGCCGGGGGCAGCCCGUGGCUGCCCGGCCGCGUGGAGGCGGUGCCCGGCAGGCCGACGGCCGCCCCCGGCCAGGGCCCCGGCUCCGGACAGCAGGCGGGGGCGGCGCAGGAGGCCGGGGCCACGCUCGCGGCCGGCCGGCCGUCGAGCUACGGCCGCGGCAUGUCCUGGCCCACCUCCACUGCCAUGACGCCCGCGGCCAGGACGCCCGCGCCCGCCCCCGCCGACUGGAUGCCCAACAGCUACAGGGUAACCAACAGCGGCAUCUCCAGGGUGUCGACGGCCGCCCCCGGCUCUGACCCCUGGUUCCCGAGCACCCUGGCGGGCAGCGACUCGGCCGUCAACAGCAACGCGGUGGACGAGCCCAACCAGCAGGGGCUGAACGCGGCCGGCAGUCUGCCCGGAGCCGGCCCCAGGGCGGGCCCCGCCAUCCUCCCCACCCUCCUCGCCGCCAUCUCAGCACUCGUUUUGGGGCGGCUAGGUCUCGGAGACACUUGAGGCACGUUGAGACUUCGUCCUUUGCUGGCUCUCACUGAGGAAGAAUGCGUGUGGAAGAAUGCGAUCGGCAUUGUCAUAAACUCUGCUUCUCCCUGGAUGCCCAUACAUAAUGUCAGUCGAUCUUUAAUGUAGGGGUGAAAUUAUGUUUUGCUUUGGAGUGUGAUCUCUGUCCUUGUUUCGGUGUGACGUGACCUCGUCGGGAGGGGUCGUCGGGUGCGAUAAGGUGCCGCCACAAUGAACGUUUUCCGAGGCCACGCUAAAUAUGGCGCCUGCUGCGCGCUGGGUAGGCCGGCCCGCCGAGCAGCUGCGUGGAGCCGGCGGCCCGCCCACCCAGGGGCGUAGCGUCCGGCGAGAGAACGUAGGUCGCCCAACUUUCACCCCGCGUCAUCCCGAAAAACGUUCCUUGCGGGAGCACCUAUGAUUCGUUAGCUCAACUGACCUUUACAGUUGACUAAUCGAUUGCCUAGUCGAACGGUUUCCUUACAUAUUGUACAUAGCGUUUCUGUUUUGCUGAGGCUGCGCUUUGGCUGAUAAAAAUAAUGAAUAGUAUUUUAUUUUGUUGGAGUGUAAAAAAUAAAUGCUCGUUUCUUAGUAGUUUAGGUAUAGUAAAGUACCACAGCUCCCGUUCAAAACGUCUACACUAACUUACUCCCUCAUUGUUGUUAUAUGAAAAGUAUCAAUCUUUGGAAAAUUAACUAAUUCUAUCUUCCGGGCGUUUUGAGUUGGAGUUGGAUUUAAAGUUACCCACCAAACUAUUGUGCCUUGUCACUUUAAUAAAAGCUAGCAAUUGUUAAUUUUUGUAAAAGAAGUAUUUUAUUAAAAAAUAAUAAUUUUUAAAAAUGUCCAGAACUUGCUGGUGAUAUUUAUCUAGGCUUUGAUCAGCUUUGUAUCUUUACUGAAAUUGUCUGAUGUUUAAAUAAAUUACAUUGUAAUAACCA